AUGUACGCUAAAAUUGAGACGGAACGUCUUAUGUACAUUCGUCACAAUCAAUCCAAACUUCGAGUGGAUAAUUAUAUUCAUUUACAAGAUGCCAUAAAUAGUAAUAUUGAUGUAAAUCCAAAUGAAUUAGGACGUGCUAUAAUACUACCAGCAACAUUCACCGGUAGUCCACGCCACAUGCAGGAAUAUACGCAAGAUGCUAUGGCAUAUGUGCGAUCUUAUGGUAGACCUGAUCUAUUCAUUACGUUUACAUGCAAUCCGAAGUGGGAGGAAAUCACUAGCGAAUUAUCUUGCGGGCAAACAUCAGCACAUCGACACGAUAUAACAGCACGUGUCUUCAAGCAAAAAUUAAAAUCUUUAAUGGACUUCAUUGUAAAGAUGCAUAUUUUUGGAGAAACACGAUGUUGGAUGUACUCAGUCGAAUGGCAAAAGCGCGGUUUGCCGCACGCCCACAUUUUAAUAUGGUUAGUUGAAAAAAUUACACCUAAUCUCAUUGAUAGUGUAAUUUCAGCUGAGAUACCUGAUCCCAACAAUGAUCCUCAAUUGCAUGAUAUUGUAAUAAAAAAUAUGGUUCAUGGUCCGUGUGGAACCAUUAAUCCAAAUUCUCCAUGCAUGGUGGAUGGAAAGUGCACUAAGAAGUAUCCACGGCAGUUGCUUAAAGAAACUAUAUCGGGUAUUGAUGGCUAUCCGCUUUAUCGGCGACGAUCAGUGGAAGAUGGUGGUAAAACAACUACAGUGAAGGCCCGCAACAUCGACGUUGAUAUUGAUAACCGCUGGAUAGUACCGUAUUGUCCGUUACUUUCAAAAACUUUUAAGGCACAUAUCAACGUAGAAUAUUGCAGUUCGGUAAAAUCAAUUAAAUACGUUUGCAAAUACGUCAACAAAGGAUCCGACAUGGCAGUAUUUUCCUUCCGAAAUCCAAAUGAUGAAGUAACGAAUUAUCAAAUGGCUCGAUAUAUCAGCAGCAAUGAAGCAGUUUGGCGAAUUUUAGGAUUUCCAAUACAUGAACGUCAUCCAACUGUUGUUCAUCUUGCAGUACAUCUUGAAAAUGGACAACGUGUGUAUUUUACUGAGGCAAAUGCACAAGAAAGAGCCUUAUCACCACCAAGUACAACAUUAACAUCAUUUUUCGAUUUAUGUAGAAAUGAUUUGUUUGCCAAAACUUUGCUUUAUGCUGAAGUCCCAACAUACUUUACUUGGAACGCAUCAUCAAAAAAAUUCCAACGCCGUAAACAAGGAAAAGCAGUUGAAGGAUGGGAAAAUCUUUAUUCCACAGAUGCUAUGGGUAGGAUAUAUACGGUUCAUCCUCAGAAUGCAGAAUGCUUCUAUUUAAGAAUGCUUCUAAUAAACGUUCGUGGACCAACAUCAUUUGAAAAUUUGCGCACAGUGGAUGGCCAAAUAUGUGCAACGUAUCGUGAGGCGUGUCAAAAAUUGCAAUUGCUGGAAAACGAUGAUCAUUGGGAAACGACACUUGCGGAAGCUUCGGCUACAAGGCAUCCACGCCAAUUAAGAGCAUUAUUUGCAAUUAUAUUGGUUACUUGCUCACCAUCUAAUCCGAAACUACUUUGGGAUAAAUUCAAGGAGGAUAUGGCGGAAGAUAUAUUGCAUCAACAUAGAGCAGAUAAUAAUGAUCCAGCACUAGAAUUUUCGGAUACAAUUUUUAAUGAAUGCUUAAUUUUACUAGAAGACAGAUGUAUGGAAAUUAAAAAUAAACUUCUCAUUGAAGUUGGAAUGGUCGCCCCAAUUCGUCCUAUUAGUGAUCCAUAUGAAAGAGAUUUAGUUCGAGAAACCGAUUACCAUCCACAAGAAUUGGAAAUUUACCUGGGAGAAAAUUUGCCAAAGUUGCAACCUGAACAAAAAAAUAUCUACGAUUAUGUAAUGGAUGCUAUAAUAAACCAAACCGGUGGUUUACAUUUCAUAGAUGCACCCGGUGGAACAGGAAAGACAUUUCUAAUUUCACUGAUCUUAGCCAGCGUCCGGUCUCAAGGUAAUAUUGCGUUAGCUAUUGCAUCUUCAGGAAUCGCCGCAACACUUUUGGAUGGUGGCAGAACUGCACACUCUGCACUGAAAUUACCAUUAAAAUGGCAAUUUUCUGAGGAUUACACAUGCAACAUCAGAAAGAAUUCAUCAAUGGGUAAAGUUUUACAAACGUGCAAAAUCAUAGUAUGGGAUGAAUGUACCAUGGCACAUAAAAAAUCUUUAGAAGCCCUCAACCGCACUUUACAGGAUUUGCGGAACAACACCAAUUUAUUUGGAGGUGCUCUUAUUCUACUAGCUGGAGAUUUUCGUCAAACUCUACCUGUCAUUCCGGGUUCAACACCAGCGGAUGAGCUGAAUGCAUGUUUAAAAUCUUCUUUCCUUUGGAGUCAUGUUAAAACGCUUAAAUUAACUACAAAUAUGCGUGUAGCUCUUCAAAACGAUACAUCAGCUUUACAAUUUUCUAAUCAAUUGCUAGAUUUAGGAAAUGGAAAAAUGCCAGUCAAUCCAGCAACAAAUUGCAUUACAUUUCCGCCCGACUUUUGUAAAAUGACACAAUCUAUUGAAGAUCUUAUUAUUUCCAUAUUUCCAAAUAUUGACCGCAAUUUCAAAAAUACGCAAUGGUUAUGUGAACGUGCAUUAUUGGCUGCUAAAAAUGUUGACGUUAACUAUAUAAACAACAUUAUCCUGAAUAGAAUCGGUGGAAGUAUAAAAACAUAUAAUUCCAUCGAUACCGUAAUGGAGGAAAAUGAUGUCGUCAAUUAUCCAAUUGAAUUCCUAAAUUCACUCGAUCUUCCAGGUUUUCCACCACAUGUGCUGCAAUUGAAAAUUGGUGUACCUAUCGUUUUAUUGCGAAACAUUGAUCCUCCAAAGCUAUGCAAUGGAACUCGACUUGCUGUGAAAAAAUUACACAAUAACAUAAUCGAAGCGACUAUCAUAACUGGAAAAUAUAAAGGCGAAAAC